AUGUCUCAGGAGCGGGAGAAGUCAUGGCUUGGUGAAGCUCAGGACCUGGACAGGACACAGAGCAAUCAAUCUCUGGAGGAAAUCGUUCCCUCUCCCUCCACGCCUCCAAUGGCUGAUAACCUAGAAGAGGUUUGUGAUGCUCAGAUACUCUGUAGCUCCCAGGGUCCUCCAAUAGCUGAUAACCUAAGAGAGGUUCGUGAUGCUGAGGCACCCAGUAAUUCCCAGGGUCCUCAAGAUGAGCAUCCCUCUACCAUUCCUGCCUCAUCAAGCUCACUGAGCAAAUCAAAUGAAAGCUCCAACAUUGAAGAAGACAAAGAUAAUCCAAGUGCCUCAGAGAUUCUGUCACACAUUGUGAAUAUGUGCAAAUAUUUUCUAAGUAUGCAAGUGGAUUUCCUGGUAGAUUUCCUGCUGGCCAAGUAUAAAAACAAAGACCUGAUUACAAAGGAAGAGAUGCUGAAUGUUGUCCUGCAAGAAUACACAGACUUCUUUCCUGAGAUCCUCAUGAGAGCCACUGAAUGCCUGGAGAUGAUCUUCGGUAUGGAACUGAAAGAAGUGGAUCCCGGCAGCAACAUCUAUGUCGUUCUGAUCAAAUUAGACCUCACCUACGACGGGCUGCUGAGUGAAGUAGAGGGCAUGCCAAAGACUGGCCUCCUCAUACUGAUCUUGAGUGUGAUCUUCAUGAAGGGCAACAGGGCCACUGAAGACGAAGUCUGGGAAGUUCUGAGUGUGACGGGGAUAUAUCCUCAGCAGAAGCACUUCAUCUUUGGGGAUCCCAAGAAGCUCAUCACCAAAGACAUGGUGCAAGAAAAAUACCUUGAGUACCAGCAGGUGCCCAACAGUGAUCCCCCACAGUAUGAAUUCUUGUGGGGCCCACGAGCCCACGCUGAAACCACCAAGAUGAAAGUCUUGGAGUUUGUGGCCAAGGCCCAAAGAAUUGACCCAUGGUCUUUUCCAUCCCAGUAUGAAGAGGCUUUGAAAGAUGAAGAAGAAAGAGCUCAAGCCAGAAUUGCAGCCAUCCUUGGAGGUCUCCCCAUGGGCAGAGCGAGUUCUGCUGGGCUGGCCAGAAGCUUCUCUUACCCCUAA